AUGGCUCCUCGCAAAACAAACCCCGACGACCAUCCAGACGAUCUCCGUCACACUUUGGAGGCGUUUACGGUGGGUCUUCAAGACGCCCUAAAGGCUGCCAUCACAGAUGCGUUACACGCCGUCUUAGACAAUCAGCACCAGGGCAGAAGAACAACUCGAAACAGAGAUCACCAGUCAGAGUCUAGUGACGACGAGUUGGUUGAUAAUCUGUUUGCCGUUCGUGACCAGCACCGCCAGGCGCAACGUGAUGACGACCAAGAAGAGCGGCAAGAUUUGGUUCACAACAACAACACCUCUCGCUGGGAAUCAGCUUUUAAGGUUGAUAUUCCUGAAUUUUCGGGAUCGCUCAAUCCUGAAGACUUUGUUGAUUGGCUUAACAUGGUUGAGGAGAUACUCGACUUUAAAAAAGUUCCUCAUGAUAUGCGUGUCCCACUUGUGGCAACUCGUUUCAAGAACCGUGCUUCAGCUUGGUGGACUCAACUUAAAGAAUCACGUCGUCGAUCGGGAAAACCAAAAAUAGAGUCUUGGGAACGUUUGAAGAAACACAUGAGACGGAACUUUCUUCCGUACAAUUAUGAACGGACUCUUUACAAUAAACUUCAGAAUCUGCGCCAAGGUUCUCGUUCAGUCGAGGAAUACGCCACCGACUUCUUUCAGCUGGUUUCUCGUGCAACUCUCCUCGAAACAGAGGAACAACUAGUUUCUCGGUUUAUUGGCGGGUUACGGAAUCAACUCCAGCUCGCGUUACAACAAUUCAACCCCUCUUCUGUCUCAGAAGCUCAUCAGCGAGCUCUUGGCUUGGAACAGCAAUUCCGCAGCAACUGGUCUUCUGCAGGAUCACGUACCCGUUUACCACAGUCCCAAAAUCAGCUAUCAUCGAGCCCAUCUCCCGAUGAGCAGCAGAACCGUAGCCGUGAUGAUAAGCCAUCUCCUCCAACUGACUCCAUCGCAAACUCUCGUAUCCCGCGUACUGGUGCCCUUCGCUGCUACAGUUGUGGAGAAAACGGUCAUCGUCAGACGGCAUGCCCUAAGAUGAAUCGCCGAACUAUGCUCGCUCAUGAUACAGAAUUUAGUAGUGAACCGCUUUUUGAUGAUUACGGAUCCGAUCACGACAACGACGGCGACAUAAUCGAAGGAGAUACAGGUCCGCCUUCCAACAUUCUGGUCCUUCGUCGUAGUUGUUUAGCCCCACGAGCAGGAACAGAGUCAUGGCUACGUACGACUCUCUUUCGCACAACUUGCACAAUCAAGGGAAAGAUUUGCAAACUCAUCGUUGAUUCUGGUAGUUGUACGAAUGUUCUCGCCGAAGACGCAGCUAAGAAAUUGGGAAUUAAGACUACACCACACCCUGCCCCAUACCCAUUAGCUUGGCUUGACAGCAGCUCAGAGUUACGUGUUUCCAAACAAGCUGUGGUCCCUUUUUCAAUUGGCAAAUAUCAUGAUGAAGUUAGUUGUGAUGUUGCUCCCAUGGAUGCUUGUCAUCUUCUUCUUGGACGACCAUGGGAAUACGAUCGUGAUGUUCUUCACAAAGGCAAAUCCAACACUUACAGCUUUGUUUUUGGUGAUCGGACAGUCACGUUGUUACCUUCUCCAGAAAAAGUUGAAGUCUCUCCCUCAACAGUGACACCACGAGCAGAACCACAAGCUACAGGUUCUUCCAAAUCACUGUUAAUCUUACCUAAAGCCGCUUUUGAAACAGAGUUACGUGAUAACCCGCCUAUUUGGGCGUUGAUCUCUUCUCCGAUCGUCACCACCUCCUCUACAGAGAUUCCUCCAGCCUUUACGGAUCUCCUUGACAAGUUUUCUGAUGUGUUUCCCGAAGACUUACCGCUUGGAUUACCACCUUUACGGGACAUUCAACAUCACAUCGACUUGAUGCCUAAUGCAACAUUACCAAACCGUCCACACUACCGCAUGAGUCCACAAGAGCAUGAUGAGUUGCGUCGUCAAGUGGAAGCACUUGUUCUUAAGGGUCAUGUCCGAGAAAGCCUUAGCCCUGCAGCAGUGCCAGCCUUACUUAUUCCAAAGAAAGACGGUUCUUGGAGAAUGUGUGUAGAUAGUCGAGCCAUCAACAAGAUCACAGUCCGCUACCGUUUCCCUAUUCCACGCUUAGACGAUCUAUUGGAUCAAAUCGGCAGAGCCUCGAUCUUUUCUAAACUGGAUUUAAAGAGUGGCUAUCAUCAAAUUCGCAUUCGACCUGGAGAUGAGUGGAAAACGGCUUUUAAAACGCGCGAAGGUCUUUUUGAAUGGAUGGUCAUGCCGUUUGGUUUGUCCAACGCACCAAGUACGUUUAUGCGAGUGAUGAAUCAAGCAUUAAGGCCUUUUAUCGGUAAGUUUGUUGUCGUCUAUUUCGAUGACAUACUUAUCUUCAGCUCCGACCUGAAAAGCCACUUAGAACAUCUUGAAGCCGUGCUGCUUGUCUUACGUCGUGACAAGCUCUUUGCCGCUCGUCAAAAGUGUGUAUUUGGAUCAUCGCAAGUGUUAUUUCUGGGCUAUAUCAUCUCCGACCGUGGCUUAUCAGUGGAUCCUAGCAAGGUGGAAGCAAUUAAAUCUUGGCCUACGCCUAAAUCUGUUAGUGAUGUAUGUAGUUUCCAUGGACUGGCUUCGUUCUAUCGCCGCUUUGUCCAUCACUUUAGUAACAUCACGGCUCCAUUGACAGACUGUCUGAGAAGCUCAUCCUUUACAUGGACACCUGAAGCGAAUCAAGCAUUCAAAACCAUCAAAGAGAAGCUCACUUCUGCGCAGAUUUUAGCUUUGCCUGACUUUUCUCAAGUUUUUAGAGUUACAUUGUGA